AUGUGCUACGGCCGGGAGCGGCUGCCGUCGAAAGACGAUAUCGUCGGACCGCCGCGUGCGCCGCGCGACAACGGGGACGCCGUAGAGAAUCUGAUGGACAGGCUGGCCGAGACGGAGGCGCGGCUUGAGCGAGCAAGGGCGAGGGAAGCCGAGUUGAGCCGCCGCCUCGACGAGACGAGGAAAUUCGUGUGCGUUAUGGAAAUCCUCGAGUCCUACCUCAGGCGCCAGUACGAAGAACAGCGAGAACGGGUGGCGCGCCUAUACUCCCGAUCGUCGCCUUCGCCUUUGGUACCCUUAAAGUAA